UAGCAACUGUUAAAGGUGUGCAUAGAUGGCGCUGAGCGUGUGGGGCGCGCGGCGCGAAGCGGGUGCGGUUAAAGCCGCGCUGGCAGGUCUAGCAGGGGCCAGGUCACGCGCCGGCCGCCUGCGUCUACUCAACUUCGACAUGCAACCCGCGUUGACACUACACGCUUUAAUAAUGAACCAGCGGCCCGAAGUAUGGGAGGGUUCGGAGUUCAUCCUCAGCUGUAUGGCCUACGGAUCCCCUGACAUUGCCUUCACUUGGUACAAAGACGGCGUCAAAGUCAACUUCAAUGGAACUACCAGGGACAUUUGGACCAGAACGGUAGCUGAGGACGCGUUAGGGCGUCGCAUGUCGGUACUGGGCAUCACAGAGGCAAAAACUCCUGACAGCGGCCGCUGGUCGUGUUCUGCAGAUGACGCUGGGCGCAGGCGGUGCCGAGCGUUAGAGCUGCACGUGCUGAAGCCACCUGAUAUCAGGCUACUGCCUACUGCACUUACUGUUAAUAAGGGUGAUAACGUGAGCAUAACUUGCCUGGCCGUGGCGGGGCGAAUGCACGGAGUUCUCGGCUUCAGCUGGGCUCUGGGCAAGAAUCUGCUGCCCAUGGUGCCCGGUCGCGAGGUCUGGGAAGACCUUUACCCGGCCGGCAGCGUGCUCAAGCUUUACGAUGUUCAGAAAUCGGGCCAAUAUAACUGCCAAGUAUCAUCGGUAGCAGGGACCAAUUCCAAAGGAGUCACCAUGUGGGUGCUGAGUCCAAGUGACGAGGCCUGCGAGGCGGAGGCUUCUCACGGGCUGCGAUGGCCGAGGACCGCCCCGGGGGCGCACGCCUCGGCCGUGUGCCCGCCUGGGCAUAGCGGGGAAACUACUAGAUUUUGCGAGCCAAAGGCUGGCCAGCAUGGAGUAAAAUGGCUAUUGCCUGACUUCUCCGGGUGUGUUGCCGAUUCAUUGAAGAACAUUUACGAACAGUUCAGCCUGAUAUACCACGGCUACUCCUGGGAAAACGUGUCCGAUGUAGCUCGCCAGUACGGGGCGGUGCUCCGCUCCCUCCCCUCCCACCCAGGCGAAGGCACCCUCCCCUUGCAGCACUCCCGACAAAUGCUGUACUACCUGCUCUCUGCCGCCGGCAAGCCGAGGGACCGAACGGAGAGCGUGCCACAUUUGCUGAAGAUAUACGAUACGCUUUUGAAGCAUCCAGAUACUUUUUUAGAUGAAGAGAAAAUAUACGAGCUUCAAAACGCCAUCGCAGACGCUGCAGGCAUGCGAGACAAUCACGACCUGCAUCUCCACCAUUUCGAUCAUUUCUCCGUGAAAACUAAGCCCGUUUUGGAAGAUAAUGCGGCGCAUUUCAAGAUGCAUGCGGAGCGCAGCGGUACGGAGGAAUGGCUACUCGCUUCAGUUGGCGUAGAGCUGGCGGAAAGGAACGGGAAUGCGUCGGUUAUAGCAAUUCAAUAUCACAACCUUGGCACUCGACUGCCUUCGUUGGGCAGAUCUAUUGAAUUCAAUAAUAACUCGGUGUCCGGGCGCAGUUGUAGCGGGUCUACUUGUAGGAGCGGCCGCGAGAUGGAGUUCCUCGUGGCGUCGGCGCAGACGCAGCUGUGGGGCGCCGGCGUCGACCGCGCGUCGCCCGUCACCGUCACGCUGCUCUUCACGCAUGUGCACAACUACAGUGCCGUCGCAUCGAAGCUGGCCUGCGGCGUACGCACGAUAGAAGAGCCACGCGCUUGGAGCACAAAAGCGUGCGAGGUGCGAGUCACCGAGCCCACGCAUGUGACGUGCCGCUGUCGAGGGCUGGGCACUUACGCCUUGUUCACGGUCGCUAGGUCUACUCUAACUGACGUUGAGAAAGAUCUCCGUGGCAUAGUGAAGAUCACAGUCGGCCUCGGUGGCGCCAUGUGCUUGGUAGCGGCAGCACUACAAGUAUUAGGACUAGCAUCGGGAAGGAAGGCGCGGCUGCCCGUGCUGCUCAAGGCAGCAACAGCUGGAACACAUUCCGCAGCGCUAUUAACGCUGCUCGAGUGCGAUACCAGAGAGGAGGAAGCCUGCCCAGGCGCAUUGGGAUGGGUGUGCGCGGCGUGCUGGUGUGCCGGCUGCGCCGCGCUGUGCGCACAGCCGCUGCUGCUGCAAGCCGAGUUGGCCGGCCGUCAGCAACGCGCGCCGUCCGUGGGACUACUAGCAGGCGUGUGCACUCUAGCGUGGCUGACAGCGCGAUUAUGGGGUGGCGCGCCUUUACAACUAGGCGCGGCGGCACAGGCUGUAUGCGCGGCCGGUUGCGCGUUACUCGCUUUGCUGUGCCUGGCGCUGGCUGUGUGCGCAGCGUUGCGGUUACGCACUAUCACGCAUAAGGUUCCUGCGGAGCGACGGAGCUACCUCGCUGACCGGACGCGCGUGGUUCGUCACACGCUAGCGUUGCUGUUAACCACUUCAGCGGCGCAGGCGGCGGGCGUGGCGUACGCGCAGCCGGGCGAGCGCCGCAUUUCGCACGUUGCUGCGCUUUCUGCCGCGGCUCUUGCCAAUGGCGUAGCUAUGUUAAUAUGUUACGUAAUCCGAGACGAGGAGUGUCUACGGUCAGUAAGGCGAGCACUCUCCAUGAGCGAGCCGCGGGAAUGGCAAGAUUCGCCCGCCGGCGACACGUCGCUUAGUUUGUAUAUAAAACAAGGGGGAGAGGUAGAGAGCCGCGGCGGUGUGGGGACUUUAGAGUCUUCGCCGACGCCCUCGUCGCCCGGCGGGUACUGGCGCGCGCCCGCGCCCGGCCUAGACACGCCUACGAGACUGCACCGGCGGCAGUCGAUUCCGGACAGCCGCGCAGACAUCGUGCGCUGCGUGGAGUACAAGGAGACGGUGCUGAGCCCGCACCGCUACGAGCGACACUCGCGCGCCGUGUGCGACCUCAUCCCGCGCGCGCCGCACGCCGCGCACGCGCAGGGGCAGUCCGAGUACCUGGCGCGCGUGUGCCUGGAGCUCGGCGUGCUCGACGCCGCGUCCCUCCCGCCGCAGGACCCCCCCGCUCCCCUCCUCACCUGCUCCGUCGACUUCGAGCCCUACACCGAAAAACGAUUCGACACCGCCAAAGAGAACUGCACCCUCUGUGUUCAGUCCAACCCGGACGUCUCCAAAAUACCCUCCCCGCCUAUCAAGAGCUGCCUAAAAAAAUCUAGUAAAAAUCAAGAAUUCACGUCCAGUAUAUCCCUCCCCUCCAUGGAAGUGUUGAAGGACGAGCCGAAGUCCAAGUCCGACAUCGAGCAGGUGAACAGAGAGUGGAAUAAAGCCUACGAUUCCCCCGAGACGGACCGAAUGUUGAAUAAGAUAUCUGAUGAUUUGGAUUUUUUAUUAAAUAGAACACAGGACGCUAGCGUUAAUGUAAUACUUGACCAAAUCGAGGAGGCCCCCACGUAGGGUACGGAGUGAGUCGUUAGGCGGUAGACUUUUAGCCAUGUAAGUAAACGAAUAACAUGGAAACAGGGGUGCAACAUGCCACUAGGAUAAUGUGUACAUAUUAAAAGUGUUUUAUAAAUAAAGUUGUAUCAAUAAACAGAGUUGUAUCAUGAUUCAUGAAACAUUGUGCAUGCGAUUUAUAUUAUUCUUUUUUGUAAACUUGGUAUUUAUACAGAACCCGGGAGUGUAAACGAAUAAGUAUCAGAAGGCCCAAAGAGGUGAAUAAUAGGAGGAGAAGUGAGGUUAUGUAUCGCUGGCACAUGCGCGGAUCCAGGGGGGGGGGGGUCAUGACCUCCUCUGGAGCCUAGGUUGGCCAUACAAAUAGACCACGUGACCCCCCCCUGGGGCCUGGGCACGAAGCUGGAUCCGCGCUUGCGCUGGCAUGGCUUUUGAUAGCUUAAUCAGAUUGCGCUGUCACUAUUUCACAAUUCACUGUGAACAAGUACUUCGUAUAUGGAUCCAUUUAGUGCCAUCUGGUUCAGCUUUCGAAGCAUAGCUACGAUAGUUUGGAGCUCUCAGUGCGUCUUUUUAUAAUAAGCGAUCAAGUAUGUAACUAGUCAAAUUCUAAAGUGUACGAUAAGGAUGUUAGCAUAAUUUAAACAUAUUGUGAUCAGUAAUCUCAAAUGGGUUAUUUAUACAAUUACUUACACAAUUUAGCUUUAUAAAAGACCAUAUUUAAUAAUUUUCCGUGUCAGUAUUUAAUUUAAUAUAUACCUAUUUAUAUGAGUAGAUAUAUCAUUAUAACGAAUGUGAUAAAAUUAUAAUAAUUUAGGAUGUACUUACGCGAAUUUAUCAUUUUGAUACGUAAUCACAAGAGAAGGAUGUGAACAUCAUUUUUAGGUUGUAUUUAACGCUAAUUGUUUUAACUUAUCGACUAUUUUACUUAAAUUAUAUAAGCCCAAUCGUCCUAAAAUGUUACGUGUAAUAUUAUUUCGUUAGUCGUAUUUCCUGGGCGAUAACUGCUUAGGGGAGAUGUAGCCUGAUGAACGCUACGUGUUGGUGAAUCCAAAAACAGAAGAAAGCCAACAAAAGUAGAAUGUAAUUUUUCCUUCCCGACUGAGUUUUUUAUAAUAAUAGUUUUAUACUUGUCAUGGGUAGAGGGGAAUGAACAUGUAGGUAAGUUGUCCCUCCUGUCUGGGCUGUCGGUCUAAUGUACUUGACGCAUGCAAGAAU